AUGAGAGUUGUUGUGCUAGCCCUGACGCUGGCCCUAGUGGCCAUAUACAAAAUGCAUUUCUCUCCUCAGUUUAAAACCAACAAGCUUUAUGAAUACAAGUAUGAAGCAGCGGUCCUGGGUAAAUUACCAGAGGACACAAAAUCUGGUCUCAAAAUGACAAGCAAAGUUCACAUCAGUGUCCUAAGAGAUGACCAGCACAUCAUGAAGCUUGAGGACGUUAAAUUCUUUGAGCACAGUAAAGCUGAGUAUGGAAAUCGUUUCAUCCCAGCAAAAACUGAUGCUCUGGAAGCUCAGCUCAUGAAGCCCAUCAAGUUUAGGUAUGAAAAUGGUGAGGUGAAAGAAGUAAGCACUGCUGAUGGAGUCUCAAUACAGGCACAAAAUAUCGCAAACAGCAUCCUGAAUCUUCUUCAAGUCAAAGUCAAGAAAACACUGAACAUCUAUGAGUUGUAUGAGGAUGGAACUCAAGGUGAGUGCAAAAACUUAUAUGUCAUCCCUGAAGAAGAAUCCAGGGGAUGCAUGCAAUUGAUGAAGACCAGAGAUUUGGAACACUGCCGAGAGAGGACCAUGAAAUUCUCAGGGUUGGCAUACACUACAAAGUUGGCAAAGAGCCAGCAGGAUCCUCAUGAAGGUCAAAACCUGAAAGGUGUUACAACAUACUAUUAUGACUUGAACAUGGCUGACAAAGUCCAAAUCAUGGCUGUAAAUGCUACCGAAGUGAUUGAAUUCAUACCUGUCCAAGAGAUGAAAGGAGCUGCUCAAAUAAUGACAGAGCAAAUCCUGACUUUCCAUAACAUUUUGGAUGGUGUUCUGGAUGUACCCUCUCACCUCCAUUAUUCAGUGGAGCGAAGAUCCCUCAAGUACAAGUUUUCCACCGAGCAUCUUCAGACACCUAUCAACCUCAUACAGCCUGAAAGAUCACAGAGCCGGAUUGAAGAAUAUCUAAGGAAACUGGUCCAGUUCAAUGUUAACCAAGUCAAUGAGAAUGCACCUGAGGUUUUCCUUGGGCUGAUUCACAACCUUCGGAGAAUCAGCUAUGAAGAGCUGAAAAACAUAUUAGAUCGACACUGGAACGCUCCUCAAUACAGAUCACUGCUUUUAAAAACCAUUCCUGCCAUCGGUACAAAUGUUGCUCUGAAAUUCAUCCAUGAGAAACUGCUGCAUGGCAACAACCAAAUCAACACUGCUGAACUUAUUCAGUUAUUGAUUGGAUCCUUCCACAUGGUGACAGCAGAUCCUGAGGCUGUUGAGCUGCUUGAGCAAAUGGCUUUUAACCAAGAUUUACAACAAACUCUGAGAAAUGAAUACACGGGUGUGCGUGACAUCCUCAUGCUUGGUUAUGGUACCAUGAUUUCAAAAUACUCUAUUGAGGAGCCUGAGCGUGCUGACAAAUACGUAAAGCGCAUCCGGGACCAACUUAACAGAGCUGUCGAAGAGGAUGAUAUACACGAAAUCCUCCUGCUUCUGAAGGUUUUGGGAAACACUGGUCAUCCAUCUGCCAUUAAGUCAAUCUCAAAGUGCCUGCUUCUUCCAGCAGAUAAACCAGAAGUUAAGAGAAUCCGUACUGAAGCCAUUGGGGCCAUGAAGAACAUCGCAAAGAAACAUCACAGAAUGAUCGAGGAAACUGUUCUUCCACUUUACUUGGACAAAACUCUUGACUCAGAGCUCCGUAUACUUGCAUGCUGGCUGCUGUUUGAGUCGAAGCCUCGGUUGACGAUGGUUUCCACCAUGGUCCGCAGUUUAAGGACAGAGAGAGACAUUCAAGUUGCAUCCUUCGUACAUUCUCUGGUUUGGCAGAUGUCCCAGAGCACUGCUGCUAUCCAUGCUGAACUGCAUCCUUUGUGUAAAGUGGUACUAGUAUAUGUAUUAACUCUGCUCCUUCAUAAAUGUCUUUACAGGGCACAAGCUUCCAAAAUUGCUCUCAAACUCUUACGCCAAAAUCAAAGUCUAAACUUACGCAGAAGAUGGGAAAGUCUGGACUUUGUCUACAGCAAAGCCAUCCAUAUGGACUACUACAACAAUACCUUGAAGCUUGGUGCUGAUGGAAGCCUUGUCUUCAUCAAUGACCACGCAACUUUAUUCCCAAAAACGAUUGUGGCUAAGACCAGCGCUUACUUUUCUGGAGCUACUGCUGAUGUUCUAGAGGUUGGAGUGAAACUGGAGGGACUGCAGGAGGCUCUUCGGAAGAAACAGAUCACUGAAAGCCAGGACAGGUUAACCAAGAUGCAGCGUAUCCUUAGCACUAUCAGUCAUUUCAGGAAUUUGCCUGCACGUGGGCCACUGUUUUCUGCAUACGCCAAGGUCUUUGGACAAGAAAUUGCCUUCGUAACCAUUGACAAACCCAUGAUUACAAAGGCAGUCGAGCUUGCCAAGGAAGCAGCUCAGCACUACGGAAGGAAUUUCGUUGAUGCUCUACUGUCUGGGGAUGCUCGCUAUUCUGAGUCUUUUGUGAAUCCAGUUCUGGUUGCUGAGAUGAAGUGUGUCAUUCCCACUAUUGGAGGAAUUCCCUUUGAGAUGAGUCUAUCCACUGCUGCUGUUGCUGCUGCAGAUGUUCAGGUUCACAUUGCCUCAACACCAAAACAGGAUGGAUCUAAUGAUGACUUACUGAACAGAAAAUAUCAACUUGAAACUGAAAUCAGACCAAGGAUUGAUAUGACGACAUUUGCUGUGAUGGGAGCAAACACAGAGGCACUUCAGGUUGCAAUACUAUCAAGAGCUAAAUUCAGCUCCUUCGUGCCUGCCAAGAUAAGCGCUGGUCUUGACAUCACUGAUGAGAACUUUAAGAUUGAUAUCCUGCCUGUUUCCAUGCCUAAGAACAUUGUUGAUAUUGAAGUUGAAACUAUUCCAGUUGCAAGAAACAUUGACAACACAACAGUUAAUGUUCAGGAGCUAUCCUCCCUAGAGGAACUUUCUUCUGCUGACACUUGGUCCCAAAAGACACUGUCCCAAAGGUCGGCUGACAUCAAGCAAUGGAAAGCAGCCAGGAAGACACGUUGUAUCAAGGUCUUUGGAGCAAUGCAGGUUUGUUUGAGCAUUGCCACUAACAGCUCUGCCUCCAGGAGAGACAAGGCCUUGACUGGAAAGCACUCACUUGCGCUGUCUUUGAAACCAAUUGAAGGUGAACCUGUUGAAAAGCUUCAAAUGGAGGUUCAAGUUGGACAAAAUGCUGCAAGGAAGAUGAUGAAACAGGUCGAUCAGUGUGCCGAAGAAAUCAUUGAAGGAAGACCCAUUUUGACAAAGCUCAGGAAAAUCUUGGCUCCUAGUCAUAGAAACAGCAGUAGGUCAGCAUCUUCUUCCAGCGUAUCUUCCAGCUCAUCCAGCUCCUCCAGCUCAUCCCAUCCCACAAGUAAUGCCAUUGAUGCAGUAAUUCAAGCCUUUGGACUUCAAAGACGCCGAAGCAGCAGUAGCAGCAGCAGCAGCAGAAGCAGCAGCAGCAAGAUCAGGAGCAGCAGCAGAAGAAGAAGAAGAGGCAGCAGGCGCAGCAGCAAGAGGAGUAGCAGCAUCUCAAGUAGCAGCCGCAGAAGCAGAAGCAGCAGCAGCAGCAGCAGCAGCGUUAGCAGCAGCAGCAGAAGCAGCAGCAGAAGCAGAAGCAGCAGCAGCAGCAGCAGAAGCGACAGCAGAAGCAGAAGAAGCAGAAGAAGCAGCAGCAGCAGCAGAAGAAGCAGCAGCAGCAGCAGAAGCAACAGCAGCAGCAGAACCAGCAGAACCAGCAGAACCAGCAGAACCAGCAGACGCAGCUCCUCCAGAUCACUCAGAUCUUCCAGUGCAAGUUCUGCAUCUAGCCUCAUGUCUAUUUUCUCAUCAAGCUCUAGUUCUUCCUCCAGGUCUCGUAACUCAAAGGAAUCUCAGCGCAGGUCAGCAUCAUCUUUCGUAAGCCGUAGUGCAAGCUCUCAAGCCUCCAACACGAAGGACAAAUCCUUUGAUGAUCCUAAUGUCACCAUCCUCCUGAAAGUUGUCAGAGCUGACAUGAAGCCACAGGGUUAUCAAAUCACUACCUACAUGGACAGAUCUACAACCAAGCUUCACAUGAUUCUGGCAGACUUGGCAGAAGACUGGAUGGUCCGUGCUGAUGUGGUGCCGAGAGUGCAUAGAGCAAUUGCCAAAAUCAGGUGGGGAGAAAAAUGCAGAGGAUACAACACCACUAUCACAGCUGAGACCGGCCUUGUUGGUCAAAACCCUGCAGCUCGCCUCAAAGUGCAAUGGAUGAAAUUUCACCCUACUUACAUGCAAUACAGAUUUGGUAAAAUGUCUAAUAUUCCUCACAGGAUGAAUAACCGCAAGUUUGCAGCAAAGCAUGAAAACAGCACAAACCAGAUUUCCUUUACAGUGGUUGCAACAUCCGAGAAGACCAUUAAUGUGAUUGUGAAGGAAAAUAGAGUCAUCUAUAAGAAGAGGGUUGAGCUUCCCAUCCGUCUCCCACUUAGCUAUAUGGAUGAUCUUACUCCCAUCAAUGGCGUAAGCAACAAAGUCACUUACCUGUUUGCUAAGGCUGGUUCAGCUCAGUGCAUGUUUGAUGGAACCACACUGGUCACAUUCAACAAGAACCAUUUCCAGAACUACCAGCCUUUGCCUUGCUACCAAGUUCUGGCCCAGGAUUGUACUGGAGAGGUGAAGUUUAUUGUUCUGCUGAAGAAGGAUGAGAAUGGCCAACACCAUAUCAAUGCAAAAAUUGCUGACUUUGACCUUGACCUCUAUCCAAUGGACGCUGAAGUGGUUGUCAAAAUUAAUAACCGGGAAAUACCCAGGGACACCCAGCUAUACGUCAUGAAUGAAGGUGCUAUCAUGAUCAAGAGAAGGGGUAAGGGCAUCUCUGUGACCGCUGGCUCUUUUGGACUUAAUGAACUCUACUUUGACAAAGAAUCAUGGAAGGUUGAUAUCGAGGACUGGAUGAGAGGACGCGUCUGUGGAAUUUGUGGCAUGGCUGAUGGACAAGUCUCAAAGGGAUUUUACGGACCUGACGGACAUGAGAUCAAAAAUCCUGUCAGCUUUACUCAUUCUUGGGUUCUGUCCGCUCAGAGCUGCAGGGACAACAGUGAGUGCCGUUUGAGGCUUGAGACUUUGCAGAGGCAGAAGCAGUUCCAGGGUCAGCAGGUGACGUGCUCCUCUGUUGAGCGUGUGCUGCAGUGCUUGCCCGGCUGCCCUGUGAGGACCACCCCCAUCACCGUUGGCUUUAACUGCCAGCAAGCAGGUGGCCAGCACAGCUCAGAGGUUACCAGUGUCCACAAUCACAGCGCCGACCUGAUGGAAACUGUACAAGCCCACCUUGGCUGCAGCUGUAACGCACAGUGCGCUUAAUAUCAAUUUCUUAUGUCAGUGCAAUACAUCAUACCUGUAUGAUUCUAAUUUUCAAUCUUCAUUAAAUAAUGGAUGCAUCUCAAAGAAUUCUGUGUUUUUUCAUACAAUAGAAAAUAUCAUGUAUUUUUAAUAGGUGUCUGUACACCACACACACAACAUUCAACAUCAAUCAUAACAAAAAAGAAACACUAAUUUAUUACAGCAUUUACUCCUCACUCCUGUUGAUUUCCUUCUUCAUCAUAUCAAGAUGACACUUCAGACCAACACACAUCAACACUAUGUGAAACACUUCCAAUGUCCCCAUAAAAAAAAGUGUCUUUCAUGAUAUUAUAAAUGCUUCAGUGAGGUAAGAUUGUCUACAAUACAUUAAUCCUCAGUACUGUUAAAAAAUGUCAGUAUAAAGCUGCAACAUUCUUCACAUUAAUAAAAACACAUUAAGGAAGGUAUAUUCAUAGGAUCACCUGUUUCUACCACAUCCUUUCUAUCACACAUCCAAAAUACAAAAUACCCACUGUUGAAGCAACAUUUACAAAAUAACUGGCCAAUUUGUAUACACCAUUUUACACCGAGUUUCUUAUUGCAUUCAGUGAAACAGCAGCAUUAGAUCUACAUUCAACCUUAUCAUAGUUGACAAGUUUAACCUGACAACAGAA